AUGAACAUUUCUUCGUCAGAUUACAAUAAGCUUGAAGACAUCCUUCACUCCAAUUUAUAUUUAUGUGGAGGCACUCCGACUAAAACUGAUGCAAAAAUAUUUAGAGAGAUUGCAGAUUAUUGCAUCGAAUUAUAUCCUUAUCCAAACCUUUAUGGAUGGUAUUGCUUUCUCAGAAAUUUUUCAGAUGAAAUUCUAAAUAGUUGGCCUGACUCUCUUAUUUUAAAUUGAAAUGGGCAUUUCUGUUCCAAUUUAAAGGGAUUCAUUUAUUUUAAAAAAAUACAUAAAUUCUUGAAGACUUAAUUAUAUAAAAUUUAUCGACUCAACACUGCUUAAUUUUAAAUAGAAAAGUUAUAGGCAAAUAUUUGAUUUGAUGAUGUUAAAUUUACCUAUAAAAGUUAAAAUUUUGUUGCAAACUAAAGGGCUAAUUUACUAAAAAAUGAGAAUUAUAACGAUAUUUUGUUUCAGAUUAAAACGAGGGGGAGUGAGCCUACAGUUUAUAAUACCUCAGAAUACGAAGAAUUUGAUCUUUUUGCCAACCACGGGUGAAGCGGAAAAAAAUACACUGUAUUUUUUUCCUACAGUUUCCCACAGUCAAAUUUGACAUAAAAUUUUCCAAUUUUUUGAAAUGAUAGGAAAAAAAUACAUGGAAAAGAAAAAAAAAUUUGAAACCAGGGCGGAAAAAAUUCAACCCCCAAAAAUGAAAAAAAAACGCAUGAAAAAAAAUACACAUAAAAAAAAUAUUAAAUUACUAAUAUUUAAAAAGAAGCAAAGAAAAUGCUUUAUUAAAUAUGAAUGACAAUAGCAGUCAUUGCAUUUGCUAUAAAUUCACAUAAUAGAUAAAAAAUAGAUGCAAGAACUGUAUCAUAUGCUUUAUAGUAAAAAGUUUUCUGUGUUUUUUUCCAAACCGCAUGAAAAACUACUAUAAAAAUUUGAAAUACAGAUCUUUAAGUCAAAUAGAGUUAAAAAUAACGAAAAACAGUCCCAGCUUAAAUCUCUCUUUAAUAACGAGAUUUUAAGAAUAAAAUGAAUGCCUAAAUGUUAAAGAUCAGUUUAAAUAAAAAAAUUAAAAACAGAAGGAAAAAAAUUCAAAUUUUUUUUCUAAAAAAACAGAUGAAAAAAAUAUCAGUAAAAUUUUAACAGUCUAAAAAUUUCGGCAUGAAAAAAUACAAUAGAAAAAAUUUAGUAGGAAAAAAAUACAUAUAAAAUUUAUAUAUUUUUUUUAAAAUUUUUUAAUUAAAAUAAUCCAAAAUAUCUAAGGAUGAGUUAUCCAAACUCUACUGUGUGUGAUUAGUAAUAAUAACUGAUAAUAAAACGAUUAAUUAUUUAUAUUUCUAAGUUUUAUUCCUUCUGGUUUGGAGUCGAUUACACUGCGCUUAAGUCCAGUUGAUCAACUCUUCUUUUAAUUGUCUAUUGGAUAGUUCUAACUCCCCCCCAAUUAAUAGCGGACGAAAAAAUCGUCCGCUAUUAAAAAAGUUCGAUAUUUAUAAAUAUUUUUCUAUUUAAAAUUUUUUAUAAACGGCUGAAAAAAAAAUGCAUUUUUAAGUCAAAAGAGAAGCACUAAAUCUAAUAAAAUGGAGUUGAAUGGAGAAACCAGAAAGAGAAAAGACUAACAGCUGGUGAUAAGCUAGUUAUUGCACAAUACUACCUGGAUCAUCAAAAUGAAGGUCUUUCAUAUGAAGAUAUAGCCUACAAGUUCAAUAUAUCAAAGUCAAGUGUCGGCGAAUUAGUAAAAGGCAUUCAUCAAUUGAAAAGGGGAGAUCAAGGUUUAAAGAAAAGAAAGCCAGAUGCAUAUUAUUAGCUCUCAUAAUUUUUUAAUACCUUUGCGCUUAAAUUAAUUCUAUUUAAAUAUUCCCAUCUUUAUUUCAUUGGCUCUAGUAAAUUUAUGUUAUGCUUUGUUAUGUUAUGUUAUGUUAUAUUAUGUUAUGCUAUGUUAUGUUAUGUUAUGCUAUGUUAUGUUAUGUUAUGUUAUGUUAUGUUAUGUUAUGUUAUGUUAUGUUAUGUUAUGUUAUGUUAUGUUAUGUUAUGUUAUGUUAUGUUAUGUUAUGUUAUGUUAUGUUAUGUUAUGUUAUGUUUAUGCUAUGUUAUGUUAUGUUAUGUCAUGUUAUGUUAUGUUAUGUUAUGUUAUGUUAUGUCAUGUUAUGUUAUGUUAUGUUAUGUUAUGUUAUGUUAUGUUAUGUUAAGAUGCUAUGUAUUUUAAGUCCCUACUUUGCCGCCGUGACGUUUUAUGGAGAUAACCCCGUAAGGUGGCUAAGGCGUGGGCCUCUUCAAGCCCGGUCCGAAACCCCGGUUUCUCGGUUGAGGUGAUGACCAACUGACCGCCUCCAUUUCCAACUUGAUUCGUCGCCCUGAAUCUUGCGUCAACUCUGUCCGUACGUCGCCAAAUCUGCCCACUGAAGGGCACCUUUUAAUUGGGGAGAACCCCGAUUUCUCGUCUAAUUUGCCUUCCCCUCUUUUCCAGUCAUCCCGAGAAAGAACUCAACAGCUUUCGCCAUUCGGGGCAAAUCACAAAAGCAGCUUAGGCAGGUAUGUCGCCCUGCCUCAUUUCUGACACCCACUAGGCUGGGCUCUGCUGGAAAAAAGGAGUCACGAAUAACUGCCCAAGGGUCUUGGUCACAAAAACAGCGAUCUUUGCGCUUAGACCUCUCGCUUUGAGUACAAAGACAUAGCUGGGCCAAUUCCUGGCUCCAAAAACCAUGCCCGGAUAUACACAGGUAACUGUCUCAAGAGGACGGGUUGGAAGUCAUCCGCCAUUUUAUGUAUAUUAGUAAAUUUAUAAUGAACGAUUAUCUUAUAUAAUUUAAAAUUUUUUAUAGUAAAAAAAUUUCCGCUAUUAAAUGGUACCUAAGAGUCCAUUUUUAGGGGAAAAAAAACAUUGAUUUCAUCCGCUAUUAAUUGGGGGGAGUUAGAUAUUUUGGAUUUUUUUAAUUAAAAAAUUUUAAAAAAAAUAUAUAAAUUUUAUAUGUAUUUUUUUUCCUACUAAAUUUUUUCUAUUGUAUUUUUUUACUGAUAUUUUUUUCAUGCUGUUUUUUUAGAAAAAAAAUUUUGAAUUUUUUUCCUUCUGUUUUUAAUUUUUUUAUUUAAACUGAUCUUUAACAUUUAGGCAUUCAUUUAUUCUUAAAAUCUCGUUAUUAAAGAGAGAUUUAAGCUGGGACUGUUUUUCGUUAUUUUUAACUCUAUUUGACUUAAAGAUCUGUAUUUCAAAUUUUUAUAGUAGUUUUUCAUGCGGUUUGGAAAAAAACACAGAAAACUUUUUACUAUAAAGCAUAUGAUACAGUUCUUGCAUCUAUUUUUUAUCUAUUAUGUGAAUUUAUAGCAAAUGCAAUGACUGCUAUUGUCAUUCAUAUUUAAUAAAGCAUUUUCUUUGCUUCUUUUUAAAUAUUAGUAAUUUAAUAUUUUUUUUAUGUGUAUUUUUUUCAUGCGUUUUUUUUUCAUUUUUUUGGGGGUUGAAUUUUUUUCCGCCCUUUUUUCCUAUCGUUUCAAAAAAUUGGAAAAUUUUAUGUCAAAUUUGACUGUGGGAAACUGUAGGAAAAAAAAAUACAGUGUAUUUUUUUCCGCCUCACCCGCCAACCACCCUAAUAUUGAAAAAGAAUUCCUAGAUCAAGCUCAUAAUAAGGUAGAAGACCCAACUGACAAUGAACCAGAGAGGAGCCAAGUUGUAUUUGACAUUAAGCCAGUCGAUAUUACAGUUGAUCUUGAUAGAAUUGCAAGAUUAAUUUUAUUAGAUAUACAGCUAGAUGGUCUCAAAUGGAUAGAGAACUAUAACCUCAAGCCUGUUGCCUAUAAGAUUAAUAUGCUACAAAUGGGCUGCAUCAUUGAAGACACUAUUGAUACUGAUUUUAUUGCAGAAAAAAUAAUGGGCAUUACUGGUCAAUUGCAAUGCGAAUGAGAAGAUGAAAAUGGAGAGGGAAUAGGGAUAUUUUAUUAUACCGAAAGUCCCUUGAUUCAAAGUGUAGAUAUAUCAAGCUUCCAAAAAUUUUAA